GGGGGCUCCCAAGUUGGGGAGCUUAAGAGAAAGAAUGCCGGGAAGGGCUCCAAGCCUCCGGUGACCAAGAAGUUGAGGGGGGCCGAUGAAGGUAAGGGUGCCCCCCUGGUGAUCCUUGAAGAGCCCUCCUCCUCCCACCUAGUGGAUCUUGACGAGGGGGCUUGGCCGCAGGAGACGGUGCGGUUCUCCUUUAAAAAGGGGACUGCCAUCGUCCAUGGCACCCUUGACCCGAGGGAAUAUCUGGAGGGCGCCACUCCCCCCUUAGAUCGCUCGACCCUCGGCAAAUUUGAGGAUGAAGCCCUCGAGCGAAGAGCACUUGAGGCCUCGGUCACUGCUAGCCUGGCUUUCGGAGAAUAUGUCCGGAGGAUGGACCAAAUUCGCCUCCGGAAGGCGGAAGACGAUGAGGCCCUUAGGAGGCUCGUCGCAAAGAAUACCGAGGCCAUUAGGAAGAUGGCUGAGCUAGAGGAGGCCCUGAGGCAGGCGGGGAACAAGUUGGAGGCCGCCAAGGUGGAGGCUCGCGCUGAGGGGAAGGCUGAAGCGGAGAAAGCCGCUGCCGAGGCCACAAAGCAAGCAGCCGAGGAAGCUGAGAAGGCCAAGGCUGAGGCCGUAGCCAAGGCUAGGGAAGAUGGCAUUGCUUCCUUCGUUGCUGAGGGAUGGAAGGCCGAGGACCGCAAGGAGUGGGUGGCCUCGGUCAUAGAACAAGGCGUCGAGGGCUGGGUGGCAGGCCCCGGGUCCGAAUGGAUGGCCCUGAAGGGCAAAAAUUAUUUCG